CUUUAUUUAGUGGGUGGUUUCUCAUAUAUACCGCCGGUUCUAUAAAUCCGUACUACUAGUUGAUAGUUGAUAGUUGAUAGUUGAUAGUUGAUAGUCAUAUUCCUUCUCAACAUUACUUUGCUCCUGAUCGUACGUGUACCGCGAAUUCUCAACUAAGGCUAAGACAACCAUGGCUGCAGCCCAACUACUCCGAGCAACUGCGCUUACUGAUGAGGAAAAGGCUAAAUUUGAGGAGCUGAAAGAGGCAGCAAGUUGUAAAAUAGCUUUGGAGGCUAAGGUUGACGUUAAGAAGCAAGCUGUUACUCAUGGCUAUAUCUUUAAUGGUCUUAAAGAUCAUGCAAAAUUGCAGAUGAUUGAUCAACAUAAUUGGUCUGGGAGUUCAGUACAGCCCUACCCCCAGGUUAUACCAUAUCACCGUGAACCCGCAGAGUUCGAGCACCGAGGGCUUCUUCCACCAGGCUCUAAGGGGGCAGUGCUUUAUGCUGAUGGUGCAAACUCCACUGCUCGAAAAUGGCUUGUGGCUUUUGACAAUCCAAGCAAGAAGGUUUACGUAGAAGCUGGGCCAACAGGACCAGUUAACUGGGAUGUAAUCGAAGUUAAACUUGAUGCAUCGGAAUCCACAAGUCGAUUCGAGGACACAGUUCUAGGAGGCAAGGCACUGGCAGUAAACUACGGUCAAAUCCUAAUGGUUUCCUUCUCUAAUUAGCCUGCUAUAAGUGCUAGAUGAGCACACCUAGCUACAAAGUCAUGCUGCAAGUAGGCAUUGUAAAAUAAGCUACUAGAAAUACACAAUAACGUCCUCUUGCUAAGUUUGUAACGCAGACAUUUCUAUUUUAUUAUACUGUUAUUAAAACGUGCGACAAGUAUUUGAAGCCUGUCA